CUCAUUCCCUGUUGACGUCCACGACUCUGCCAUUCCAGGGUGUUCUCCGCUCCUCUCAUGUGCUCAGAAAGACUCUUCUAACUGCCUCUGUGCUCACAUCCUCCUUCUCUUUGGUUUUUCUCUGCACCAGCAGUUUCUUUAUCGACCAUUAACUCUGUCCGUUUUCUUCUUCUUCUUCUUACGGAGUUUGGAGGCUGAGCUCAUCCAGCCUCUCAGCGGUGUGAACCCUUCCUCUCUCCGCUCCAUCAGGACCAAACCUGCUGGUUAUCUAUCACCGUGGUGACCUCUGCUUGUUUCUGGCUGAAGUUGGAAGCCGCUUCCAUGAGCGCUCCUCCGCUGAUCCGGGCUCCCAGCCCGCUCCCGUUCUUAGCGGCUACAAACAUCUCCUCCGGGGGAGGAGGAGCAGGUGGGACCGGUGUGAUCUCCUUCCACAUUCAGAUCGGUAUGAGCCGGGAGCCGGUACUGCUGGACGCCGCAGAGCUGAACCUGAGCCAGGUCCGGGAAGUCGCCUGCUCCAUCGUGGAUCAGAAGUUGCCAGAAUGUGGUUUCUAUGGGAUGUAUGAGAAGAUCCUGCUGUUUCGCCAUGACCAGACCUCAGACAACAUCCUGCAGCUUCUGCACUCAGCUUCUCAGAUCCAGGAGGGAGACCUUGUGGAGGCCAUACUGUCAGCUUCAGCCACGGUGGAGGACUUCCAGAUCCGUCCACACAGCUUGUUUGUCCACUCGUACAGAGCUCCAGCUUUCUGUGACCACUGUGGAGAGAUGCUGUGGGGACUCGUACGCCAGGGGCUCAAAUGUGAAGGCUGUGGUCUGAAUUACCAUAAACGCUGUGCCUUUAAGAUUCCCAACAACUGCAGCGGGAUGAAAAGGCGGCGUCUAUCCAACGUCUCCUUGACAGGAGGGAUGGUCAGCAUGGGUCGCCCACUCUCUGCUGAGCCGUCACCUCCCCACUACACUGACGAUGCUUUACUGUCACCAGUGAGUCCCAGUAUGGAGCAGAAGACCCAGUUAGAUUAUUUCCCCAGUAGAGAGCGGCGAUCCAGCUCUCAGUCCUACAUUGGUCGUCCCAUCGAGCUGGACAAGAUCUUUCUGUCAAAGGUCAAAGUUCCCCACACCUUUCUGGUCCACUCAUACACCCGACCAACUGUCUGCCAGCACUGCAAAAAGCUGCUGAAAGGCCUCUUCAGACAGGGCCUGCAGUGCAAAGAUUGUAAGUUUAACUGUCAUAAAAGAUGUGCCCUGAAAGUGCCAAACAACUGUCUGGGAGAAGUUUCCAAAAAUGAAGAGCUCCUGAGCCCAGGGAUGGAGUCAGAUAUGGUGAUGCUGGAGGGCUGCCUUGAUGACCACAAUGCUGAUAGAGGUGAUGGUCUCCUGGAUGACAUGGAUGAAGCACUAACGUCAGAGGGGAGUUUGCUGCUGGAGACGGGACCCAGUGACCUUAGCGAUCUUCGUGACCCCGACUUGGACGACUCCAACCGUGCCAUCAGCCCAUCAACCAGUAACAACAUCCCACUGAUGCGGGUCGUUCAGUCUGUCAAGCACACUAAGAGAAAGAACAGUAAUGUGAUGAAGGAGGGCUGGAUGGUCCACUACACCAGCAAGGACACCCUGAGAAAAAGACAUUAUUGGCGGCUGGACAGUAAAUGCAUCACACUGUUUCAGAAUGAUACAGGAAGCAAAUACUACAAGGAAAUCCCGCUGUCAGAGAUCUUAUCUCUGGAACCACCUCACACCUUCUCCUUGCUUCCUGAUGGAGCCAAUCCGCACUGCUUUGAAAUUUCCACAGCAUCACUGGUUUACUAUGUUGGAGAGAAUCUGCAUAAAGCUGAGUCUUCUGUGGCAGGCAGCAACAUUCUGGUCAGUGGUGUGGGAUACGAUGUGGCUCGGAUGUGGGAGAUGGCCAUCCAGCACGCCCUGAUGCCAGCUGUUUCCUCUGGAGUUGGCCACAGUUCCCACCGCAGCGGGCACAAGGAAGCUUCAAUCAGCAUUUCUGUUUCCAACUGCCAGAUCCAGGAGAAUGUGGAUAUCAACUCUGUGUAUCAGAUCUUCCCAGACGAGGUUCUUGGUUCAGGACAGUUUGGAAUUGUGUACGGAGGCAAACAUAGAAAGUCGGGCCGAGAUGUCGCCAUCAAGAUAAUUGAUAAACUUCGCUUCCCCACGAAACAGGAGAGUCAGCUGCGAAACGAGGUGGCUAUCCUGCAGGGCCUGCACCAUCCAGGUGUGGUCAUCCUGGACUGCAUGUUUGAGACCCCAGAGCGAGUGUUUGUGGUGAUGGAGAAGCUCCAUGGGGACAUGUUGGAGAUGAUUCUUUCAAGUGAGAAAGGUCGGCUUCCUGAAAGAAUUACCAAGUUCCUGGUCACACAGAUCCUAGUGGCUUUGCGUCACCUCCACUUCAAGAACAUCGUCCACUGUGAUCUAAAACCCGAAAAUGUCCUCCUGGCUUCUGCAGACUCUUUUCCACAGGUAAAGCUUUGUGACUUUGGAUUCGCUCGGAUCAUCGGUGAGAAGUCAUUCAGGUGCUCUGUGGUUGGUACACCAGCAUAUCUUGCUCCAGAGGUCCUGAGAAAUAAAGGUUACAACCGCUCUCUGGACAUGUGGUCCGUUGGCGUCAUCAUUUAUGUCAGUCUAAGUGGGACAUUCCCUUUUAAUGAAGACGAAGACAUUAAUGAGCAGAUCCAGAAUGCAGCCUUCAUGUACCCUCCUCAUCCCUGGAAGAAAGUCUCCCAGGAAGCAAUUGACCUGAUCAACAACCUCCUGCAAGUAAAGAUGAGAAAGAGGUAUAGUGUGGACAAGACCCUCAGUCAUCCCUGGUUACAGGACUACCAGAUGUGGCUAGACCUAAGGUCUCUUGAGUGUCGAAUGAGUGAGCGUUAUAUCACCCACGAGAGUGAUGACCUGCGGUGGCUUCAUCACGCCCAGCUCAGCGGGCUUGACUACCCCACAAACCUUAUCAAUGCCCCCCGCGGUGAUGAUGAUCAUGGGCUGGAACAUUACCAGGAGAAGGAAGAGCUGGAGACCCUCAGUGAGAGGGUCAGUGAACUCUGAGGACUGAGCUACAGGUAGAUUUUAAAGUUCAUAACAAAAUAAGUGACAGUGCCAAAUGAAAACAAAUCAGGAGACAUCAGCUUUUAUUAAAGAAACAAGUUUAA